UUUUCAGAAGACAAAAGAGACAUUUGCACCUCCAACGAUGUCCCCUGUCAUUGGCAUGCUUUCUCUCUUAUUAAUGCUACCUGCUCAGCAUAUGGCAGGAAUGGUCCCACCUUGCCCCCAUUUGGAUCCAGAGCUGAAACUCUGGCAGCCAGGACACGAUGAAGAGAAUCGAGUGAACAUCAGCCAAGGCCAAAAGCUUCUCUUAUCUUCUUCUGCCACCGUUCACUCCAUUGUCAUCACAAACGGAGGAAAACUAGUGAUUAAAGAUAACAUAGCCCCCAUUGUUCUGCGCACUCGUCAUAUACGGAUAGAAAAUGAUGGAGAACUACAUAUUGGGAGUGAGAACUGCCCUUUCCGGAGCAGCCUGACAAUCAUCUUGUAUGGACGUGCUGAUGAUGGCAGCCAACCUGACAUUUAUUUUGGGCGAAAGUUUAUUGGCAUCAUUGAUGGCGGAACUCUUGAGGUCCACGGUGAGCGAAAACUGUCUUGGACUUUCUUAAACAAGACUCUGAAUCCAGGGGGAUUGGAAGAAGGGGGCUAUUACUUCGAGCGAAGCUGGGGCCAUCGUGGUAUCAUCAUCCACGUCAUUGACCCAAAGACUGGAGCCGUUAUUCAUUCUGAUCGAUUUGACACCUACAAACUCAAAAGCGAAAGCCUCCGCUUUGUGCAAUAUUUGAAUGCUGUGGAGGAUGGCAUGAUCUUGUCAGUCGCGGUCAAUGACGAAGGCUCCAAAAAUUUGGAUGACUUGGCCAGGAAAGCAAUGACCAAACUGGGCAGCAAGCAUUUCCUCCACCUUGGCUUUAGGCAUCCCUGGAGCUUUAUCACAGUCAAAGGAAAGCCUUUGUCUUCUGUGGAAGAUCAUGUUGAAUAUCAAGGACGCAAAGGUUCAGCUGUAGCCAAAGUAUUCAAAUUGUUCCAGGCAGAAAACGGAGAGCGUUUCAAUGUGUCUUCAACCAGUGAGUGGGUUCAAGAUGUUGAGUGGACCAAGUGGUAUGAGAAGCCAAAAAAAUCAAAAUCCAAAGAUGGGGAGAGGCUGUCAGAUUUAAGAGCUGCUCACCCAGAAAUUUGUGAUCACCCUGUUGAUCUCCAGGCAGUCACACUUGAGGGAACGAAACUGGCAACUGAGGUCCUUUUCAAAAAAGGCCAUGAUUAUAGGUUUUUUUGCCAUGGUCCAGAGCAGACGGAGGGAGGCUGUCAUAACUACAGAGUGCGCUUCUUAUGUGGCCAACCUGUGAGACCCAGGCUUACCGUGCGUGUGGAUACCAACGUGAACAGUACAAUCCUGAGACUGGCCGACAACAUGCAGUCAUGGAAGGUGGGAGACAAGAUCGUGGUGGCCAGCACUGACUACUCCAUGUACCAAGCUGAAGAGUUUGAGAUCUUGCCCUGCAGAGCUUGUAGGCCCAAUGAAGUCAAAGUGGCAGGGAAAGCCACCUAUCUUCACAUGGGAGAGGUAAUUGACGGAGUUGACAUGCGAGCUGAAGUAGGGAUGUUAACUCGAAACAUUCUAGUGAUGGGCGAGAUGGAGAAGAGAUGUUACAAUUAUAAUGCCCAUCUGUGCUCCUUCUUUGAUUUUGAUACUUUUGGGGGUCACAUCAAGAUUGGACUUGGAUUUAAAUCUUUCCACAUGGAAGGCGUAGAGUUGAAGCAUAUGGGCCAGCAAUUGCUGGGACAUUACCCAAUUCACUUCCACAUGGCUCAAGAUGUGGAUGAGAAGGGGGGUUACUACCCUCCUAGCUACGUGAAGGAGAUGUCCAUCCAUCACACCUUCUCUCGUUGUGUCACCGUGCAUGGCUCCAAUGGUCUGCUGAUCAAGGAUGUGGUUGGGUAUGACUCGUUGGGUCAUUGUUUCUUUACUGAAGAUGGGCCUGAGGUGCGUAAUACGUUUGAUCACUGCCUUGGACUUGUGGUGAAACCAGGCACCUUGCUACCAUCCGAUCGGGACACAAGAAUGUGCAAGACCAUUACUGAAGAAGCUUAUCCAGGAUAUGUCCCAAAACCUAGACAGGACUGCAACGCUGUGUCCACUUUCUGGCUGGCAAACCCACACAAUAACCUCCUAAACUGCGCAGCUGCAGGAUCUGAAGAAACGGGUUUUUGGUUUGUUUUACAUCAUGUACCAACAGGACUUUCGGUCGGAAUGUACCCGCCUGGCUAUUCAGAGCACCUCCCAAUGGGCUUGUUCUAUAACAAUCGGGCCCAUUCCAACUAUCGAGCUGGAAUGAUAAUUGAUAAUGGAGUUAAAACAACGCCAGCAUCAGCCAAAGACAAACGACCUAUCCUGACUUUGAUUUCUGGAAGAUACAGCCCACACAAGGAUGCUGACCCUUUGAAGCCCAGAGAGCCGGCUCUAAUUCAGCGCUUUAUCGCUUACAAGAACCAGGACCAUGGAGCCUGGCUGAGGGGAGGAGACGUGUGGUUGGACGACUGCCAGUUUGCUGACAAUGGCAUUGGCCUCACUCUGGCUAGUGGAGGGACCUUCCCGCAUGAUGACGGAUCAAAACAAGAAAUUAAAAAUAGCCUCUUUGUUGGUGAAAGUGGAAAUAAAGGAACUGAAACAAUGGACAACAACAUCUGGGGACCUGGAGGGUUAGACCACAGUGGACGGACUUUGCCCAUUGGACAGAAUUUCCCAAUCAGAGGCAUUCAAUUCUAUGAUGGGCCAAUCAACGUGCAGAACUGCACCUUCCGGAAAUUUGCUGCACUAGAAGGCCGACAUACCAGUGCCCUGGCAUUCCGCCUGAACAAUGCCUGGCAAAGUUGCCCCAACAACAAUGUCACAAACGUGUUCUUUGAAGAUGUCCCGAUUUCCUCUAGAGUCUUCUUUGGAGAACCAGGGCCUUGGUUCAAUGGGUUGGACAUGGAUGGUGAUAAAACAUCAGUUUUCCAUGAUGUAGACGGCUCUGUGUCAGAAUAUCCUGGAUCAUACCUUAUUAAAGAGGACAAUUGGCUUAUUAAGCAUCGAGACUGUAUUGAAGUUCCAGACUGGAGAGGAUCCAUCUGUAGUGGACGCUAUGCACAGGUGUACAUCCAAGCAUAUAAAUCAUCUAAUCUGAAGAUGAAAAUCAUCAAAAGUGACUUCUAUACACACCCCUUGUAUUUAGAAGGUGCUCUGAGCAAAAGCACCCAUUAUCAACAGUACCAGCCCGUGAUCACUCUGCAGAAAGGAUACACCAUCCACUGGGACAGGACCGCUCCUGAGGAAUUGGCUAUUUGGCUCAUUAAUUUCAACAAGAAUGACUGGAUCCAAGUUGGAUUUUGUUAUCCUAAAGGGACAACAUUUUCCAUUCUCUCAGAUAUUCACAAUCGCCUUUUGAAGAAAACCUACAAAACUGGGGUGUUCUACCCAGCUCUUCAAAUGGACAAACUUGAAUAUCGAUAUCCUACCAAAGGCUAUUACUAUUGGGAUGAAGACACUGGGUUGUUAUUUCUCAAACUAAAAGCUCAGCAUGAGAAGGAGCCAUUCGCCUUCUGCUCCAUCAGAGGCUGUGAACGGAUCAGGAUCAAAGCCAACAUCCCUAAGAAAGCUGAUACCAGUGACUGUGAAGCUCUAGCCUAUCCAAAAUACGCCGAGAAGCCAUCAGUGGAUGUGCCAAUGCCCAAAAAAAUGCCUAGUGUACACAUGAACAAGGAUCAUUUUGUAGAACUGAAGAUAGACAGCUACAAAACCAAAUAUUACCAUCUCAAGGAUGACUUUGCCUAUAUCUCAGUUGAUGGCAAGUCAUUCUAUCUUUCUGAAGAGGGUAUUCAAGUAGUAGUGAUUGAUGGGCACGAUGGAAAAGUUGUUGACCGGAUGAGUUUCAAAAAUGCUAUUCUACAAGGAAUCCCAGCUCAGAUCAUCAAUUAUGUCAACAACAUUCGAAACAAUUCCAUAGUGGUGAUGACCUCCAAAGGAAGAUUCAUUUCAAAAAGUCCAUGGACUAAAGUUCUGGAGACACUUGGAGCAAAACCAGGCUUUAAAUUGAAAGAUAAAAUGGCUUUUGUCGGCUACAAGGGCAGCUUCCAGCCAUUCUGGGUCAAGCUGAAUACAGACGAUGAUGCAGUGAGAAUCUUUCAAGCUCUGCCUGUUCCUGUGGUCAAGAAAAUGAAAUUGUGAGGAAGCGCCUCUCUUUGAAAAUACCCUCCGCAGAAAAGGGAUGAGGAAUGAUGGCUCUUCUAAGAUGUAAUAUAUUGUGUUGCUGUACAUAAGAGAAAACUUACUGUAAAUAAGCCUUCAGAUUGAACAACCAACAUUCCUUGACCAAAUGAGUCCAGUUUGUUUGAUCUGUUUUAUUAGUAACAGAUUCCUUAUCCUGCCAGCAGGUUCAAGGCAAAAGAAAAAAAAAAAUGGUCUCAUCUUGUCUCAUCUCAUUUCUAUGAAGCACCAUGACCACCUCUUUGUUGAUUCACGUGUCUCUGAAGUCCUGAAUUAUUGGACAUACAGAAGAUGCUUCUUUUCCAAUUCAACCUUUCCCUCAUUUUGAAUGUUCAGAUACAGACUCAGGAAACGAAUUCCACUUCUAAGUGGUACUGCUGGCUAUGUAAAUAAGAAAGUGUAAGCUAAAGUCAAUAUGAACAUGAGACAUCUAGCAAGAACUGCCAAAUAUCAGAGCUAGUCAGUAUUGCUAGACGGGUCAAUGGGCACUGCAUGGAGAGGGAAAUGUAUAGACACAGUUUCUUGUCUCAUUCAAAUGCUAGAAUAGUGUUAAGCUUGCUGAUUACAUUAAGGCUAUUAUGGAGAUGGUGGGAGCCUCACCAAGCAAGACAACAAAGAUUCAAUCACAGGAAAUAAUAGCUUAUGAAACAGUUACUGUCGAAUGUAAAGGAUAUAUUUGGCUAAAGAGGAAUGCCUAUUCCAUCCUCUUUCUAGCCCGGAAGAUGUUACUUCUUCCCUUGUAUACAUAUUUAAUAAUCGAAACUAUAUUUAGCUAUAGGCAAACAUUGUUAUGUAUACAUUCCCCUGCCCACACUCCUAGAUCUGAAAGCAAAAUCUCAAAAGGCCACUGAGUGGGAAUAUUGUACAAUGAUGAUAGUAAUUAAGGGCAGUUUCAACCAAGAGUCUCCGGCGUGUGCCCUUCUAUAAUUUAGAGGGACAGAACGGCGUUUAGGUUUCUGGCAUAAAACUACCAUUCACAUUCUGUGAACCAUGACUUUUCUAAGAUGAUAUUACAGCAAGUUGUUUCACUUCAGCCUACAUUUAACAGUCAGCUUUACAUGAUCUUUUGUUUUUGUACAUAUGUCAAUUCAAAACUUUUACCCGAAAUAGCUGGUCCUUUUUCGGAACAAGAUGUAUAGCGUUUUGUAUAUUUUCUAAAAAUUCCUGAUGGGGGAAAAUAUAUUUAUUUAUUGCAAAGGCACUAAAAGGGUUAUAGCAGAAGAGAGCAAAGCUGUUACAAGGUGGGGAGGGUUUUUUGUUUUUUUGCCAAAAAUACCUGGAAAUGCUCUUUGCAGUUGAAAUUUUUUAAUGGCCACACGUGUGGCGCACUGUCUCUUGGCAGAAGUUCUUUUUUUAUGAUGAUAAGCAAACCUCUUGUUUCCAAAUGUUUUCACUUACAAUUUAACGUUUUGUUGUUUGGAAUACACAAUUUAUUGAAAUAAAAUUUCAGUGCGACGUGA